AUGCGGGGCACUUUCCUGUCCGCCAUUGGAGCCUCCCUGUUGUCCCUCGGGGCCGCGUCCGAUGCAGCUUGGGGCAAAACCACAUACAAAACUGGUCCUUGGGAGCCGCCGCAGGUCUCCAUUACCAAGACUGAUGGCGUUGAUCCUGGUCUCAUCUUCAUUCCUAUUCGCAACGAGAAUACUGCCGGCACUGCAAUCACCAUCUAUGACAACGAUGGCCACAUGAUCUACCAGGGUCCUGAAGAGGCUACUAUGGAUUUCAAAGUGCAAAAGCUCUUCGGCGAGGAUGUGAUUGUUUUCUGGUCUGGAGAGGUUCAGGUUAGCGGUGGCUACGGCUACGGCAAGGUCCAUAUUCUCGACAAGACCUAUAAGGAGAUACACACCAUUACCCUUAAUGAUCACUUCGUCACUGCCGACGGCAAGGAGAAGGAUUCUUAUAUAGAUGUCCACGAGCACUACAUUACCCCUCGGAAUACCAUCCUUGUCUCCGCUAUCAAUGUCACCCAGCACGACCUGACUUCUGCCGGUGGCGAGGCUAACCAGUGGAUGACUGUCAGCCACUUCUAUGAAAUUGAUAUUGUCACCAACAAGAUUGUGUUCUCCUGGAGCGCUCUCGAUCACCAGGACCAGAUUCCUCUGUCAGACUCUCGACAUGCUGUUCAGUCUGGCGUAUCUCGCGAGUCGCCUUGGGACUGCUACCACAUGAACUCGAUCAUGCCUACCAACGAUGGCUAUAUAGUUUCUCUUCGCUUCUAUUGGUCUGCUUUCUACUUAAACAAAGACGGUACUGUCCGCUGGCAGCUCUCGGGCGGCAACGAUGGCACUGGCGACUUCUUUGGCUCGGACCUGAGCUUCUCGUGGCAGCACCAUAUCCGCGUAUACAAUGAGACUGACGAGAGUCUGGUUCUCAGCUUAUUCAAUAACGCCAACACCCUCACUGAGACUGACAGCGAGACUACUGGCAUGGUAUUCGAAGUUGAUUUGAUAACCCAUGUAGCUUCGCUGAUGUACAAUGUCUCGGAUCCUAACGAUGCGGUCUACACUAAGACCCAGGGUAGCUUCCAGUUCCUGGGCGAAGCUGGCUAUGACUCCAACAUGUUCAUGGGUUACGGUUCUUCUAGCAUUGUCAAGGAAUUCAACCCCAAGGGUGAAGUUGUUUUCUCCGGUCAGUUCGGAGCACUUGGGGCCGCUGAGUCCUACCGUGCUUUCCGGUUCCCAUGGACUGCUACUCCCUUCUGGAAUCCAGCUGUCUAUGUUGAAAAGUCCUCGGACACUCCUGUUGUGUACAUGAGCUGGAAUGGUGCUACUGAGUACGAUAACUGGGCCAUCUACUCAGUACCGUCUCUGGCUGCCACCAACCAGACAAUUCUGCUGGGAAGCUACCAGCGUAGGGGCUUUGAGACCCAUGCCAGCCUUGACGGAAUUAAUGCGAAGUAUAUCAAGGUCGCAGCUCGCAAGGGUAGCAAGAUCUUGGGCACUUCUGCUGCUGUGGAGAUCUAA